AUGGGUUGUUGCGAUUUAAAGUGUAUCACUCUGGAUUGCUGUGGUGGUGCUGGCCCAUCAACUGCCCGUCACAGGCCGGAAACACCACCCCCACCCCCUCCACCGUCACCACCUCCUGACUCGCCGCCACCCCCUCCUCCUCCAAAAUAUCCUCCAGGAACCCCUCUAAGUCAUACUUCGCUCCCGAGCGACCCUAAGAACGCCCCGAUUGACCGUAUUAUCAAGGAAGUGGGGUCGGUGGCCAGCUUGGUCGUUCAUCUGCAAACAUUUCUCAUUCAGUUAGAAAUUGACGCUGAGUCCCUAGUCAUGACUGUCUCCGACUUGGAUGACUUGUACGUGCAGCUCCAGACUUUUCAGCGGUUCGAAGUCGAUGCAUUAUGCCGCCGUUUGAUUGAUGCCUACAAAGACUUGGAGGACCUGGCCGUCAAAGGAAAAUGUCCAGGGCAGCGGGUUUUGGAUCUUGUGUGCCUGAUGACCAGGAUCAAGCAGGACUUGAUUGAAAUCAACCUGGGGGUAUGGGAGCUAAAGAAAAAGAUAAUCAAUAUGCUUAUCUUGAACAGCGACUUGAGCAGGCUGAAUGUCGAUGCGAUUGCCCAAGAAUUUGACUCCGAGCCCCCACCAUACCCGGGCAACCAGCUUGAUUCCGAUGAAUCCCAGGAGCUGCUUUUCGAUCCCAAGACCGACGAUUAUCUAUACGCGUCUGACAAUGGUGGUAUCACACACGGGCUGGAAAUUCGUGUGGAUGCGAAUGUUGAGGAAAGAGGGUUAGGGGCGAGUGAAGAAAUGGAAGGAGUUAAAAGCUCUUCGGUUGAGGACGAGGAAAGAAGGCGUCAGGAGAGAGAGGAUAGUGAUCUAGCCGAGGCCAUACGCUUGUCACUACUCUAG